CACACAAACACACACACUCACACAAGUGCACGCGUGUGUUCAGGCCGUUGUUCCUCCUCAUCAAGAUGCUUUGCUGGGAUUUGUGUUUGGCCCUGUUCUUCAUGACCCUCGUGGUGAACGCUCUGCCUCCCACCAGCAUCAGGAUAACUCAAGCUCUGCCCCUGCAGCUGCAUCACCCUGCUCAGCCGGCCCCCUGCCCCCUGUUCUGGACAGAGUUCCAGAGCAACUGCUACCGUUUCUUCCCCCUUAACUACACCUGGGCGGAGGCAGACCUGUAUUGUGCAGAGUUUUCCAAUGGACUCAAGUCAGCCAAGCUCACCUCCAUACACAGCUGGGAGGAGAAUGUGUUUGUCUAUGACCUUGUGAACAGUCACAUCCCAGGGAUUCCCACGGAUAUAUGGAUUGGUCUCCAUGACAGGCGGCAGGAGGGCACUCUGGAGUGGACUGAUGGCUCUUCGUAUGAGUACAGCUACUGGGAUGGAAACCAGCCAGAUGAUGGCAUCCACCGCAUCCCUGCAGAAGAGGACUGUGUGGAGAUCUGGUUCAGGCAGAGCAGUGCACUCAGGUCCUGGAAUGACAACAGCUGUGACAAGGCCUUUCCGUUCGUCUGCAAGAUUCCCACGCUGGAGAAUUAAGCCCUGGGGGACCCAUCACGCCUUCUCCCAGUCACCUGCCAUCACCAGUGCGUCACUCUCACUACAGUCCCCCGACAACUGAAUCAACAUUUGAGCAGGGGAACGGACUCUCAUCCUGCUGGUUUUUCACCCCC